UUUAAUUAUGUAUAUUAAAUCUCUUAAAAGUAUAACAACUGGUUGGCUAAAUCCAUUACUCGACGCUGUAGGUUUCUGGCGUAAAUUAGAAUUUUGUGUUAGUACUUUAACUGGUUGGAAGCCUAGAGAUGAUGAUUUAAGAUGGGCCUUUAAAACAGAAUAAUAAUUUAAUUUAAA